UAGGGAAUUUGUGAAUAGAUAAUAGAGAGCCAAAAAAGGAACAGAAAAUGGGGAAUACUUUAGGGGGAAAGAAAACGGCUAAGGUUAUGAGAAUCGACGGGCAGACCAUGAAACUGAAGACGCCGGUGAACGCCGGCGAGGUGGUAAAGGAUUACCCCGGCCACGUUUUGCUGGAAUCCGAGGCGGUGAAGCAUUACGGGAUCCGAGCGAAGCCGCUGGAGCCGCAGGAGGCGCUGCGGUCUAAGCGCCUCUAUUUCCUGGUGGAGCUGCCCAAGUUCCCGGCGGAGGCGAAGGCCGCGCGGCGGGUCCGCUCCGGGAUUCAGAUGAGCGCCAGGGACCGCCUCGAGAACCUAAUGCUGGCUCGGAGAUCCGUGUCGGACCUCUCGAUAAUGAAGCCGGCCAGCAUGUCGGCCGAGCUGGCCGGGGAGAAGCCGGAGCCGGCUGCCGCCGAGAAGGGGGCUGUGCGGCUCAAGGUACGGCUGUCGAAGGCGGAGGUGGAGAAGCUGAUGAUGGAAAGUAAGGACGAGAGCGAAGCCGCCGAGAAGAUCAUGCGCCUCUGCAUGGCUAACAACGGCAGCUCCUCCUCCACAGCUGACAACGCGGCUCCAGCCGAACCGGCCGCUCAGAGUCAGACGGCGGUUGCUUGUAAUCGAGGUCUCAAAACGCGUCAGAGAAAGGUGGGGUUCUUGCCAAUCAUGGAAGGAGAGAUCCAACAAUUAGCAGUGGCCUCUUGAAUUUUAGAAUAUUAGUUAAUAUCAUGGUGGAGUAUAUAUAUACUCUUUUAUAUUUUCUUCUUGAAUUCGAUCUUAGCUUAAUUAGUAGAGAAUUUUGGAGCACUCUUUUGUAAAUAAAAAUUAAAGGUUCAGUUGUGGAGAAAUAUAUUUUGAUUUUUAUUUUGUAGGUGAAUUGAGAACGAGAGAGUUGGCAUGAGUGUGUUUUAGAUUUAGCAAUUAGGAUAGAUUUAUGUCAUGUUAUGUUUUUGUUUGCAAUUCCAUUGUCUUACCCUCA